CGUGUCUAUCGAGCAGCACUGCAGUCAUCCUGGUUGUCGUUUGUUUGUCUUGGGAAGCUUCACCGCCCUGUCCUGCGAGCGCCUCCCGACAAUUUUUCCCCCCUUUACACGCCGACCGCCGGUUCUCGCAGCGAGUUUGACGCUCCUGGAGAACCUCGUGCCCCGCUAGCUACGCUCUUUAUUUGCGCCACCACGCCACGCGCGGCAGACAACUUUGUUGCUUCUUUUCCUCCCCUUCCCUUCUCUCUCCCAUCCUCCCACUCUUCAAAAACCCCUUCUCUUCCUUCGCGGAAGCCAAUUGCCGCCCCCGACUGACCGACCGACCGACCCCCUUCGCACAGCAAAAAUCACAUCGUCAUGUCUGGAUACCCCGCCAUCCUGCUCCGGGCGGAGCAGAAGCCCCUCGAGCAUCGCUCCUUCUCGCCCGCCGUCAUCGGCUCCCUCGUCAAGGCCGGCUACCCCGUCUCCGUGGAGCGCUCCUCGACGGACCCGGACUUCAAGCGCAUCUUCGACGACGACGAGUACGAGGCCGCGGGCGCGAAGCUCGUCCCCGCGGGCGGCUGGCCGACGGCCACCCCGGGCACGCUCGUCCUGGGGCUCAAGGAGAUACCCGAGGAGGACUUCGCGCUGACCAACGACCACAUCUCGUUUGCGCACUGCUACAAGAACCAGGGCGGCUGGGAAAAGGUCCUCGGCCGCUUUCCCCGCGGGGGGUCCGUCCUGUACGACCUCGAGUUCCUCGUCGACGAGCAGGGCCGCCGCGUCAGCGCCUUUGGCUACCACGCGGGCUUCACGGGCGCCGCCCUCGGCGCAAAGGCCCUCGCCUGGCAGCUCGCCCACCCCGCCGCCGCCGCCGCCGCGCAGAAGCUCCCCUCGGUGGCCAGCUUCACCGACGGCCGCGGCUACUACCGCAACGAGGACGAGCUCGUCGAGCAGAUCCGCGGGGACGUGGCCGCCGCGGAAAAGGCCCUCGGCCGCAAGCCCACGGCCAUGGUGCUCGGCGCGUUGGGCCGCUGCGGCAAGGGCGCCUGCGACCUCUUCGUCAAGGCCGGUAUUCCCGAGGCGAACAUCACCCGCUGGGACCUCGCCGAGACCAAGGGCCGCGAUGGCCCGUACGAGGAGAUUGCGCAGCAUGACAUUUUCCUCAACGCCGUGCGUUCUCCCUCCCCCGCCCCCUUCCCCCCUUCUGUCUAUCGAAUCGAACCGUCGCACCCUCAUUUCAGCCCUACCUCUACGUAAGCCCACCCGCUGAUCGACAGAAACGAAAAUAAACAGAUCUACCUCUCCAAGCCCAUCCCCCCCUUUGUCAACAACGACCUCCUCUCCAAGGCCGGCCGCAAGCUCGCCGUCGUUGUCGACGUCUCCUGCGACACCACCAACCCGCACAACCCCAUCCCCAUCUACAACAUCAACACCACCUUUGACGAUCCCACCGUGCCCGUCGAGGUCGCAAACGACGAGAACAAGGCCGCCACCCCGCUCACCGUCAUCAGCAUUGACCACCUCCCGUCGAUGCUGCCUCGCGAGGCCAGCGAGGCCUUCAGCGACGGUCUCAAGGAGUCCCUGCUGCAGCUCAAGGACCGCAAGAGCGCCCGCGUCUGGACUGACGCCGAGAAGCUGUUCAACGAAAAGGUGGCGCUGCUGCCCGAGUCGCAGCGCAAGAAGGAGCUGUAAUUGGGCACCACCCCCGAUAGUUUUGCUUCCGCAAUGCCUAUUUUAUGCGCGCGUGUGUUGUCGGGUACCAGAGGAUUGGGGGCGGGGGAAAGCCGUUAGACGCUGCCACACUAAUUCGCGCUCACGUCUAGAGCGGGCACGGCGCCUGCGGUAUGGAUGGGACCACCGGUCGGGCUGCCGUCGCUACGUCGGAUGUGCGCGCGAAGACAGACCACACCCGAACUGGCCUACUCUAGAGGAUAGACGGCCAGUUUAGACACGAUACAUGAAAACAAAGAAAGUAGAGAAGAGGGGGCUCAGAGCCACCGUCGCAUGCAGGCCCUGUGCCGUGCGGCGUGACAUGCAUAUUCUCAGCUUCAACGC